GACUCGGUUGCGAGAUAACACUACUCUGAGAUACUUAGUAUAGAUCACACGAAUUGAAACUAGUUUAAAAAAGAGUGGAAAUGAAAGUGGUUGUAACAGGAGCCUCUGGCUUUCUUGGUAGCAGAGUAGCAGACUAUCUCCUUAGUGAUCAAUCUCCGAUAACGGUCACUGAAUUGGUACUAGUGGAUAUUCAAGCACCUCCAAAACGCAACGAUCCUCGUGUCUCUAGUUUCGCUCUAGAGUUAAGCGCCCCCGGUUCUGCGGAACAGUUAAUCACCAAAAAUGUUGCUGUGAUGUUUCAUCUAGCUGCAAUUGUCAGUGGACAUGCCGAAGCUGACUUUGAUCUUGGUUUAAGAGUGAACUUUGACGCUACAAGAUCUCUUUUAGACGAAGCACGCCGUACAAAUCCUUCGCUAAUCUUCGUGUUUACCAGUACCGUUGGUGUUUUUGGAGGAAAUCUGCCUGAAGUCAUCAAUGACCUGACAGCUGUAACUCCACAGAAUUCUUAUGGAACUGCAAAAGCGAUGAGCGAGCUUCUCAUAAAUGAUUGCUCUCGAAAAGGAUUUGUUGAUGGAAGAAUUGUAAGACUCCCAACUGUGAGUGUGAGAGCUGGUGCUGCCAAUCGCGCAGUGACGUCAUUUGCCAGUGGGAUUAUUCGGGAACCGUUAAACGGUGAACGGUCCGUAUGUCCCGUACCUCCAGAGCAGAAAUUGUGGUUGACAAGUCCAGAAGUUGUUGUGAAAAAUAUUGUAUACGCAGCGACGCUUCCUGAUGACGCUUUAGGCCCCUGGAGAGCAGUUAACCUUCCCGGAUUCCGCGUUUCAGUCCAUGAAAUGUUACAAGCAUUGAAAGUGGUAGCUGGUGAGAAGGUGGCUGCGCUGGUCAGCUUUGAGCCAGUUGAACUGAUCAGCAAUAUGGUGGCGUCUUUUCCUGCGAAGUUCGAUAACUCUCGCGCGCUAGAUCUCGGCUUCGCAGUUGAUAAGAACUUUGCGGAUGUUAUCAGAGCCUAUAUUCGAAAUGACCUGAAGCGACCCCUGUAAUUGUUGACACACAUAAAUAGAUAUGUAAUAUUAAGGUUCAUGGAUGAAGUAAACAUAAAGUGGUAAAGAAGGUUUUAAUUUCUUUGAGUUUAUUAUAACAUGAUUAUAACACUGGGACUGCUGUGACGCGGCAAACAAGGGGCGCAGCAAUCGAAAAUCAUAGAUAAUAAGACCGUGUGU